AUGGGACACAUUGAGCUCCAGCUGGUUGGAGGUGACAGUGCCUGCUCAGGACGUGUGGAAGUAAGGCAUGGAGACACCUGGGCUACAAUAUGUGAUGCACACUUUGAUCUCAAAACUGCCAGUGUUAUCUGUAAUGAACUACAGUGUGGAAUAGCUGUAUCUAUCCCAGGAGGAGCUCAUUUCAGAGAAGGACAUGGACCAAUGUGGAAUAAGGAAUUCCAGUGUGUAGGGAAUGAGACACACCUUGUGUACUGUCCCAGGAUAUCACAUGUGAUUCAGACGUGCUCACAUGCAAAUGAUGCCAGCGUCAUAUGCUCACGGUUCCGGUUGCUGAAUGGCAGCUCAGAGUGCUCAGGGAGAGUGGAGAUCCAGGUUCUUGGUGCCUGGGGAACCCUCUGUGACUCACGCUGGGAUUUACUGGAUGCCAACGUUCUCUGUCGUCAGCUUGACUGCGGAUUUGCUGUAUCAGCCCCAGGAGGAGGGUACUUUGGGAAGGGAACUGGCUCUGUCUGGACAGACACAUUUCACUGUAAAGGGACUGAACCCCAUUUGGGCCAUUGCCCUGUUACUGCCCUGGGGGCUUCUCAGUGCUCACAUGACAAUGAUGCCAGUGUGAUUUGCUCAGGUAAGUGCAGGAGAGAUGCUGGAUUAAUGACACCUGCCCCUCAGUGUGUGACACUGUCCCCAGAGCAGGGAAACUUCAGGGAAUGCUGGGGGACAGUCUGUGAUGAUUCCUGGGAUCUGUCAGACUCCAAUGUUGUUUGCAAACAACUGGGAUGUGGACAUGCCAUUAAUGCAACUGUCUCUGCUCAUUAUGGGCAAGGAUCUGGGCCGAUCUGGCUGGAUGACGUGAACUGCUCUGGGAAUGAGUCUGAUCUCUGGGCGUGUCCUUCCAGGGUCUUGGGCCAGCACAACUGCAGACUCAAAGAGGAUGCGGGAGUUCUCUGCUCAGAAUUCACAGAUCUGAGGCUGGUGAGUGACAGUGACUGUGCUGGGCGGCUGGAGGUUUUCUACAAUGGGACGUGGGGCAGUGUUUGCUCCAAUCAGAUGUCUGGAGUCACCCCAGCAAUUGUCUGCAAACAACUGAACUGUGGGGAUGGAGGGCAGAUUGCAAGAGACUUUGCAUAUGGAGCAGGUUCUGGUCCCACAUGGCUGGACCACGUUGCAUGCAGUGAACAGCACAGCUCCCUCUGGCAGUGCCCGUCAGAGCCCUGGAAUCCAAAGUCAUGUGAUAACCGAGCAGAAGAGACCCAUAUUUCUUGCACUGACCAGGAGAAGUUACGUGUCGUGGGAGGAGAGGACGGAUGCUCGGGGAGAGUGGAGGUUUGGUACCGUGGCUCCUGGGGAACAGUUUGUGAUGACUCCUGGGACAUGGCGGAUGCUAACGUUGUGUGUAAACAACUGGGCUGUUGAUCUGCUGUAUCUGCCCCUUGUGAGGUUACAUUCGGUGAGGGGACUGGUCCAGUCUGGGUGGAGACAUUGAAUUGCAGAGGGACAGAGUCAUCUUUCUGGAACUGUCCUGCCAAGCCCUGGGGUGAGAGCAACUGUGGUCAUAAGGAAGAUGCUGUCAUAAAUUGUUCAGGUGCCAACGAGUUGAGGCUGGCGGAUGGAGGCAGCCCCUGUGCUGGGAGAGCAGAGGUUAAACACCAGGAUCAGUGGGGGACGGUGUGUGAUACCAACUGGGACAUGGCAGAUGCUGAGGUGGUUU